CAUUCUUUGCUAAUCCCAUUGCCACAAGAUGUCUGCUAAACUUUCCCUCCUUCAACUAGGUCUAUUGACGCUGGCCCGCUCGGUCAUGGGCCAGCAGGUCAAUGGAGAAGACUACGACAGCCCUGACGCAGGACCCCCCGCAGACUACUUCGCUGCUGAUGCAAGUCUGCCAGUUGAUAAAAUCCUAUCAGCCGUCUCGAAGCUGAGCGACGUCGGCGACUCCUAUCCCCUCAGCACCGAAUCUGAUCAAGAGUCUAAAAUAUUUAGCGACUGGGCUUCCUUCGACGAGGGCGCGGCGAUUGUCUUCACCGCGGAUAUGGACGUGGAUUGUGAUGGACUGGACUAUCAGUGCGAUGGAAAUGAAGAUGGUCAGGAUCAGACGAACUGGGGAAGCCUCGCUGCCUAUGAGGUCCCAUUCAUCGUCAUCCCAGAUGAAUAUCUCACCAACAAUGAAGAGACGCUUUCUGGCAACAACAUCGCCGCGGUUAUCUGCAAUGGCAAAAUCUUCUAUGGCAUCUUGGGCGAUUCCAACGGGAAUGACCCUCAGGUCACCGGCGAGGCUUCAUGGCUGAUGGCCCGCACCUGUUUCCCCGACGACAACCUGGCUGGUGAUAAGGGCCAUGGCGACGCUGAUGUUACCUAUAUCCUGUUCCUGGGCGAAAAGGCUGUGCUCCCAGGGGAUGUUAUUGACGAGAACUACAUCUCGGACUUUGGCAAGCUCAAGUCUAUGGGCAACGAUCUCAUGAACUCUCUUCUUUCCAAUAUUGGGCUGAAUGGCGAUCCCCAGACGGACCCUACAAGCACUUCGACUUCUACGGCCACCCCUACACCGACUGGCGGGGACUGCUCGUGGCCCGGACACUGUGAAGGCGCAUCCUGUUCCUCGGACGAUGAUUGCUCUGAUGACCUGGCUUGCAACGAUGGCAGCUGUUCUCCUCCAUAA